UCGCCGUGCCCGCGCACCGGCGACCCGCCUGUCAUCCAUGUUGUCUAUGUGAUCAAGCUGUCAGCUACCUGUCCGGUUUAUUAAACUACACAUUACUCUCGGAAUUACACCAUUCUGCCAUUACGAGAAGGCUGCAUAACGCCAGGGAGACCUUGUCGGGGCUAUUUAGAUUUUUUACUGCGGACAGAAAAUAAGAUAAAGUUGAUGAGAGAGCUGCCAGUCUGCAUUCCUGAGCUGUGACAGGAUGACUCAGGUGUGUGUUGAGUCAGCGCUCAUCGCCCCGAACGGAAUUGCCUCAAUAGAUCAGUGAGAGAUGACUGCGAGCCGGCCGGCUGAGUAGAGGAACGGGAGCCUCCCCCUCUGCCACCUGCAGCCAUGAAUGGUGACCUCAGUGUGUGGGCUAUCUCUCCAGAAGAGAGGAACAAACAUGAUAAACAGUUUGACACCCUCUCUCCCACCAUGGGCUACGUCUCAGGGGAGCGGGCCAGGAAGUUCUUCUUGCAGUCGGGUCUUCCCUCCUCGGUUCUUGCAGAGAUAUGGGCGCUGGCUGACAUGGGUAAGGAUGGGAAGAUGGACAGGUUGGAGUUCUCCAUCUCCAUGAAGCUCAUUAAGCUCAAACUGCAGGGCACGCCCCUUCUCUCAACUUUACCAAUCAUCAUGAAGCAACCGCCAGUGCCCGCCCCUAACCCCUCCUCUACAGACUUCAUGUCCGCCUCGCGCUACGGAGCUGUUGCCGUGCCGAACCUUUCUGUGAUGCCCGGAGGCAUCGCCAUGCUCACCCCUAACCUCUCACCCAUGACACCUAUGAGCGGCCUCACCCCCAUGAUCCCAACAGCUACAGGCAUGGCCCCCCUGGUUUCCACGUCAACGAUGCCCAUUCCCUUGCUGCCGUCCAUUGGCAGCCCCGCUUUGCCCAACGGCACUAUGGGUAUUCUACAGCAAUUCCCACCAGGGUACAUGGGGACAGGCAUGGCUCUCUCUGCACCGUACGCAUCCUCUCCUCUGGGUCUCUCUCCUGGGAUCAACAAAGCUUCAUCACUGUUGGACUCAAGCAGCUCCAAUUUGUCCUCCACCACCUCCCUGGCAGGUAGUUCUCCGAAGACCGCUCCCUCUGACUGGGCCGUGCCUCACGCCUCGCGUCUCAAAUACAGACAGCAGUUUAACAGCCUGGACAAGCACAUGACGGGAUACCUCACAGGUCCGCAAGUGAGGAAUGCCAUGGCAACCACUCUGCUCACUCAUACACAGCUGGCCACCAUCUGGUCCCUGGCUGAUGUAGAUAAGGAUGGGACGCUAAGAGGAGAAGAGUUUAUUCUGGCCAUGCAUCUAGUGGACGUGGCCAAGACCGGACGACCCUUACCACACACACUACCGACAGAUCUAAUUCCACCAUCAGAGAGGGGUUCUGUGAAUGGAACCAGUUUUUCUCUCUAUGCUGGCAUCACAGAAGAACUGGAGGCUGAGCCACCACAGAAAACCAAAAACAACCUGUCGUUUGAGGAUAAGUUCAAGGCCAACCUGGAGCGAGGGAACGCAGAGCUGGAGAAAAGAAGACAGGCUCUGCAGGAUGCACAGAGGAGAGAGGAUGAGAAACGCCAGCAGAAGGAGACGGAGGAACGAGAGAGGAGAGAGAGAGAGGUCAGGGAGCAAGAGGAGAGGAGGAGGAAGGAGGAAGAGAGGAGGAUGGAGCGGCAGAGGGAGCUGGAGAGACAGAAAGAGGAGGAGAGGCUGAAGGAGAUGGAGAGAAAAGAGGCGGCGCAGCGUGAGCUGGAGCUCCAGAGGAAGGAGGAGCUGGAGAGGAGGAGGAGAGGAGAGCUGCAGCGCCAGAAGAGUCAGGAACAGGAAGAGGUCAGCCAACUAAAGGCCAGGAAGAGGAGUCUGGAGAUGGAGUUGGAGGCUGUGGGUAACAAACACAGACAGAUCUCUGAGCGGCUGCAGGAUGCUCAGAGUAGAAGGAAGGUGCAACGCUGUGAGCUGGAGCUGGCCAACCAGAGACGAGACACAGCCAGACAGGACAUCAACUCCCUGCAGAGACAACUAGAGGAGAAUCAGAGGAAGCUGUCCCAGCUGACUCCAGAACAGCAGAGACUCAGUGACAAACUGAAGGACAUGGCCCUCAACAACCUGCCAGUCUCCACCAUAUCCUCUCUCAAGAGCAGCACCAGCCAGAAGGACGGAGCCUGUCGUGACCUGAAGCAACAGCUGGAUGCUCUGGAGAAAGAGACGGCUGCUAAACUGGCUGACAUGGAUCAUUACCAGAAGGACAUACAGGAACUGAGAGAAAACCAGCGGAAGCAGCAGUCGGCUCUGGAUAAACUACGGAGCAUCAAAGAGGACAAAGGGAGAGAACUGGAGAGACAGAGAGAGCAGGAGGAGAGGAAGAGGAGGGAGGUUGAGGAGGAGAGGAAAAGGAGGGAGGAGGAGGAGAGGAGAGAGGAGGAGGAGGCCAAAAGGCGUAUUAAGCUGCAGAAGGAGCGUCGGUGGCAGGAGAAGCUGAAGAGAGAGGAGGAGGAGAGACAGAGGAGGCUGCAGGAAGAGAGAGAGGCCAAACUGAGAGAGGAGGAGGAGAAGGAGACACAAGCCCGCCUCUUAGCUGCUAAAGAAAAGGUAGAACGAGAAAGCAGAGAGGAGGAGGAGAGGAGGAGACAGGAGGAAGAGGAGAGGAAGAGGAGAGAGGAGGAGAGAAGACAGGAGGAAGAGGAGAGGAAGAGGAGGGAGGAAGGGGAGAGAAAGAGGAGGGAGGAGAAGGAGGAAGAGGAGAGGAAGAGGAGGGAGGAGGAGAAGAAAAGGCAGGAAGAGGUGGAGAGCAAGAGGUGUGAGGAGGACAAGAAGAGAUUGAAGAGGAAGGAUGAGGAGAGGAGGAGGCAGCAGGAGGAAGAAGCGAGGAAGCUGAAGGAAGAAGCGAAGAGGAAGCUGGAGGAGGAGAGGAGGAGCAGAGAGGAGGAGGUGGCGGCGUUGCGGCAGCAGGGGCGUGCAGGGAAGACAGACAUCCACAACAAACUGUCAGCCCUUCUUGGAGGUCUAGAGGAGAGGAAAGGCGGUCUGAAACCCCAGGCCACAGAGCACAGGAAGUCUGCGAUGCUCACUUCCUUCCGGGCGCUCUACCCUUUCACCGCUCGCAACCUGGAAGAACUCAGCUUUGAAGCCGAUGAGGUCGUCGAGGUGGAUGAGAGUACGGAGCGAGAGCAGGGUUGGCUGUAUGGGAGUCGUCAGGGGAAGAUGGGCUGGUUCCCAGAGAGCUAUGUAGAGAGACCUGCUACUGUUACUACAACUACCACUGCUGGUGCUACUACUGCUGUUUAUGCUGCUAAACAGGCCCUCAGACCACAGCUCUCCACCCCCAUCAACACAGGGAAACCCGGGGGAGAUGCUUCUAUGUCAACAGGACAGAACUCCGCCUUCACGCCUACACACGCCCCUCACCCCACCCCCUCGGAGCAGGUACAGGUGGUGGGUAACCUGCAGGCUCAGGCUCUGUGUUCCUGGACAGCUAAGACAGAGAGCCAUCUGAACUUCAGUAAGGAUGAUGUGAUCCGGGUGCUGGAGCAGCAGGACAGCUGGUGGCUGGGGGAGCUCAACGGGGUUCAGGGCUGGUUCCCCAAAACAUACGUCACACUCCUGGAAGACAAUGACAACACCACUGCCCUGACGUAUUCUCCCCCAGAUGAAGUGGAGGCCUCAGAUGGUGCUCAACUGGAAGAGUACAUGGCGCUGUACACCUAUGAGAGCCCAGAGCAUGGCCACCUGAUGUUUCGAGAAGGUGAUGUGAUCCUGGUGACCCAGAGAGAGGGAGAGUGGUGGAGCGGAGGCAUCGGAGACCGCACUGGAGUGUUCCCUUCCAACUACGUCAAACCCAAAGAGACCGAUACAUCCAGCAGCCUAGGGAAGCCAGGACAGCCUGGGAAGAAGCCAGAGAUAGCCCAGGUGAGCACUGCCUACACGGCCACAGGAACAGAGCAACUCAGCCUUGCACCAGGACAGCUCAUCCUCAUCCUCAGCAAGGAUUCCUCCGGCUGGUUGCUCGGAGAACUGCAGGCGCGAGGAAAGAAGCGUCAGAAGGGUUGGUUUCCUGCCUCACAUGUCAAAAUGCUGGGAUCUAACAGCGGCAAGUCCACUCCAGCACCUCUACCAGUGUGUCAGGUCAUUGCCAUGUACGACUACAAAGCAGCCAACGAGGAUGAGAUGAGCUUCUCCAAAGGUCAGAUGAUCAGUGUGUUCGACAAGACCAACCCCGAUUGGUGGAAAGGAGAGGUCAAUGGGAUCACCGGUCUGUUCCCAACCAAUUACGUCAAGAUGACCACCGUUGACUCCGAUCCCAGCCAGCAAUGGUGUGCUGACCUAAACAGUCUGGAGUCUAUGAGUCCCCAGGAGAGGAAGAGACAGGGUUACAUCCACGAGCUCCUCCAGACAGAGGAGAGAUAUGUAGAGGACUUACAGAUAGUCCUGGAGGUGUUCCAUAAGCCCAUGUCUGAGUCUGGCCGUCUGACGGAAGCAGAGAUGGUCAUGAUCUUUGUCAACUGGAAGGAGCUCAUCGCCUGCAACACCACACUGCUGAAGGCCCUGCAGGUACGUAAGAAGAUGGGGGGCGUCAACAUGCCUGUCCAGGUUAUAGGGGACAUCUUGGCGUCAGAGCUGCCUCACCUCCAGCCUUACAUCCAGUUCUGCUCCUGUCAACUCAACGGAGCGACCCUGCUACAGAGUAGGACUGACAACCAACAGGACUUUAAAGACUUCCUCAAGAAAAUCGCCACAGACUACCGCUGUAAAGGCAUGCCCUUAUCCAGCUUCCUGCUGAAGCCCAUGCAGAGGAUCACACGCUACCCUCUACACAUCAAGAACAUCCUGGAGAGUACCCAGGAGGAGCAUGCAGACUGCGGGCCCCUGAGAGAGGCUCUGGAGCGGGCUGAGGAGCUGUGUACUCAGGUCAACGAGGGGGUCAGGGAGAAGGAGAACUGUGACAGGCUGGAGUGGAUACAGUCACACGUACAGUGUGAGGGAGUCACGGAGAACCUGGUGUUUAACUCUCUGACUAACUGCCUGGGGCCUCGUCAGCUGCUCCACAGUGGGAAGGUGUAUAAGAUGAAGGGCAAUAAGGAGCUGUGGGCUUUCCUUUUUAACGACUUCCUGUUGCUCACCCACGCCGCCAGACAGUUCAGCUCCUUGGGACCGGACAGACUGUUCACCAGCAAGAACAGCACACAGCUUAAGAUGUACAAGCCGCCGGUGUUCCUCAACGAGAUUCUAGUGAAGCUGCCUGACUCCUCCAGUGAAGAGCCCUUCUUCCACAUCUCCAACAUAGACAGAGUCUACAGCCUCAAAACAGAGAACAUCAACGAGAGGACGGCCUGGGUCCAGAAGAUCAAGGCUGCGUGUGAGGACUUCUUCCAGAUGGACAAGAAGAAGAGAGCAAAGGCCUACCAAGCUCGUUCUCUGAAGGCCAGUGGAAUCGGCCGUCUGUUAGUCACCGUCCUGGGGGCCACUGAACUGAAGUCCAGCAAACCCAACGGUAAGAGUAACCCUUACUGUGAGGUGACCAUGGGAGCUCAGAACUACACCUCCAAGACUCUGAGUGACACAGUCAACCCCAAGUGGAACUUUAACUGUCAGUUCAACAUCAGAGACCUGUACCAGGAAGUGCUCUGUAUCACCAUCUUCCAGAGGGAGCAGUUCUCCCCUGACGACUUCCUGGGUCGUACGGAGGUUCCCGUGGCAACCAUAAAGGAGGAGUUGGAGAACAAGGGGCUAGUGACACGCCGCUUGCCGCUCCACGAGGUCCCCACUGGAGAGGUGUGGGUCUGCCUCGACCUGCAGCUCUUCCAAAACAGUGCAUCUAAAUAAGGACAUCCUGGCCAACACUGGACGCCCAAAUAAGGACAUUUGGCCAACGCUGGACGCCCAAAUAAGGCCUUCUUGACCUGCAGCCACAUGGGGAGGGACUUGUUAUAUAUUGUAUCUAACUGCUGGUCUCGGGUCAGAUACUUAUUAAUCCUGCUAAUGGUUAAGGUUGGGAUCUGGUGUUGGGCUGGGGCUAACUUUUACCUGGAGCUGCAAUGGUGAUGGGGAACCCUCCCUCCUCGUCUGAGGUCAGACCAUUCUUAGCAAUGAUCUGAGGACAGUUUAGUCUUUUAGGACAGUUUACUGGUGGUGAGCAAGGUUGGGUUAGUGUAAAGCUGAUCCUAGAUCUGUAGUGGUUCUAUUUGUAUCAGCACUAACGCCUGUGCUCUCCUCUGCUACGGACUGGCUCAUCAUUCUGCCAAGUUUUUAUUUUGUGAACUCAACCCAGGCCAAUGUUGGACGAAACUAUUUAUUUCGUCUUAACUCUAUAUUUGUUCCAGCUAAGAUGUUGUUUGGGAAGGUAAAUACCAGGUCCAAUGGGGAGGGAGGUUAGGAAAGUGUUUCCUGCCAUGAAGGGUCUCACGUCCAGCGAUAAACUAUCUCAGGACUUGUUUUCUCCGCUGGGCGUUUUAUAUUACUGCAUCAUAACCGGCUGCUUUUCUGUUAUCUCAGUCUGGUUAACGUCUAAUUAACGGUCGUUUUAAAACCAACUCUCUUUCUUUGCAGUAUAAAUGUUCUGUCGACCUUAAGGAGAUCUUGUUCUUUAGUUGUGGUGUAGUUGCCUCAGAAACACUCUAAAAGGAAAACGGGUCUUUAGUUGUGGUGUAGUCCCCCUCAGAAACACUCUAAAAGGAAAACGGGUCUUUAGUUGUGGUGUAGUCCCCCUCAGAAACACU